UUACAGUGAGCGCCAGGAUGGCAACAUUAAAAAAAAUCUAAUGGAACAACUGAGACGGGAAAACGCUGUGAGGUUUUUACGACGUGCGAAUAGCAAGCCAUAGAAAUAACCUCGACAGGAAAAAAAAAAGAAAAAAGAGAGAGAAAAUCAAAAUGCGAGGCAGCGCGAAGGCAUCCGGGGGUCAAGUUCACGCGGCAGCGGAUGCGCGCCGGCUCCAGGAGCAGCUGGCCGGCUGGAUGAAGUGAGACUCGGCGCGCAGCGGCAGCAGCGUGCCACGGCGCGGCCACGCAUUUCGGAUCGGACCUCGGUGGGAAUCAUUUCUGGGGACAAAACAACUCGGCCACCUCGUCCCUCCCCCCUCCCCCUCUCACGGCACAUCAAUGAGGAAUGUGACUGUGUCUGUCUCUGUCCAGACGGGCUUGAUGAAGCCCUCGGCGGUGUCAUGCGUCUUGCCCCGCAGCCAGCAAGCGCGCAACCCCUGCAGCUCGUAGUGUUCCUCGCGCUCCUCCUGGGCGCCGGGGUCGUGCCGUCCCCGGUCAUCUCCGCCGGCUGCCCGGACAGGUGCGUGUGCGACGACCAGCUGGUGGUCCAGUGCGCCGGGCAGCACCUGGUCGCCUUCCCGGCCGACCUGCCGCUGGCCACGCGGCAGCUCAUCAUCUCCAACAACCGCAUCGCGGAGCUGCCGCCGCUGGCGCUCAACUACCUAUCCGACCUGGUCUACCUGGACUGCAGCAACAACUCCCUGACCGAGGUGUCCGAGUCCACCUUCGGGAACCUGCGCAAGCUGGCCUACCUGGACCUCUCCUUCAACACCUUGCGCCGGAUCGAGGACCGGACGUUCGGGCCGCUGGCCAGCCUGGUGAUGCUGAGGAUGACGGACAACCCGGGGCUCUCCGACAUCCACCCGGACGCCUUUUCGGAGAACGAGGCGCUGCAGGUGCUCGACGUGAGCCGGAACAACCUGACGGCGCUCAACAUCACGUCGCUGCUCGCGCUGGCCGCCCUGCGCUCCGUGGGGCUCGGCGGGAACCCGUGGAGCUGCCAGUGCGACAACGAGGACCUCUGCCUGUGGGUCCACCUGGAGACCUUCAAGUUCCAAGAUGAGGGCCGGACAGUGUGUGGUUCACCGGCUGACAUGCAAGGUCGGCGUCUGAGUGAGGUGGGCAUCCAGCUGCGGACGUUAUGUCACCAGACACUGGACUCCUGGGACUACUUUUUCUUCGUUGUCAUCGGCUUCGUCAUCUUCGCCGCCGGGACGGUGUCGGCGUGGCUGAUGGGCGUCGUCAUGGUGCUGUACGAGCGCUACAUCAAGAAGAAGGACGAUCAGCUCGAACUGGAGAACGAGGAGGAAGGUAUUGAGACGGUUGGUGCAUCCAGAGGCAGAACAGAGCGGGGCAACAGGAGCUUAAAAACGUCACAUACUGUUUGAAAGAAUCCGUCCACCAUGGAUUCUCGCAGUGCCUCCUGUAACUCUCCUCUACAGCUGUCUGUGAAGUCUGACAUUAAAUGAAAUCUGAGUCUUGGCUUGCAAACAGAAAAUGGAUAAGGAAUGUGUUUCUAAUCAUUUGUAGGGCGCUUUCCGGGGAUGAAACAGGUUUUUUUUUUCUUUUUUAAGUCUCCAUGCUGGAGGUCCCCAUAGCUGGGUGAUACAUAAACCAUAUAUGCAAAUGUAUGAAUCUGUAUGUUGUAUAAUUCUGUGUUGUGUUUGAGUGGAUUUGUUGAGCAGAAAGGAAGUGAGUUGGUAAAACUGGUAUUAAUAGACCAGUUUGGUGUUUCUAUAAGGCAUCCAGCUUAUUUCAGCUUAUUUUAUAUUUCAGACUUUUGGCCUCUAAAGUAUUCUGAACUAGUUUUACAUUACUGUUUUUUUUAAUGAUGCUAAGCGUUUUUGUAUCUUCAAUAAUCUCCUAUAUCUUUAAGGAAUCUUCUGUUUCCAAAAGGCACAGUCUGACUUGAAAGGACUGUAUAACGGGAUAGUUCAGGAUGUUUGGAUUGAGUUUAGGCUGAAACGUUAUCAGCAAUUUAUAUCUUUGCGUCUUCAUUUCACAUCAGUCCAGAUUAGCUGGUUUUGUCGUUAGCUAGUUGAUGCUACCAACAAUCCAGAAUAGGCCCAAGGCUCAAAUAGACUUUUACAGACCGAAAACAACUCCCAAUUUCAAAACGUCAUAUCAGUUUAUGAACAAAUUUCUGCUUUAGAAGAAACACAGGAAAUGGUGACCAGAGGCAGCGCAUCCCUGAUUAUCUUCCUGCGUGAAACGCGAUGAGACUAGAUCAACAAAGUGUUUGAGGUCAGAUUAACAGUCAGAAAGGAAAGAAAUGCAGUGUAAAAGUCAUACAGUGGCAUUUAGUCAAGCUGCUUUAUUAUGCUACAUAAUAUAAUGUUACUAUCUGCCAUUUUCAUAGCUUUACCUUCACAGUUAUGAUUUGUAAUUGUUUCAAACAGUAAAAAUCCAGUAUGAAACUAGGUAGCUGUGCUACCUAGUCCCCUUGUCUUCAUCUCUAACUUAUUAUUGCAACUUUGGGUAUAAAAAACAAACAUUAUGGCUUAAGUCAUUUUUAAUUAAUAGACGUUUACGUAAUUACUUUUAUGUAAAAAUUGCCAUUUGAAACUUAUUACAUUUGAGAAGGAAGAUUAUUAGUGAAUUAUUAUUUCACUAAUAGAUUAUUAUUAGCACCGCCUCCAACCUCCAUAUCUGCUGAAAUAGUCACAGGUUUGUCUGUAAAUAUUCAUCCAUUCAAACCUGAAAAUGGUGUAAAAGGUUAUAAGAUAAAUUUCAGGUAAACAUGACAAUUUUCAGAUUGGAGUUUAGGAUUAUGUGGUCGUGGCGGCUCUCAGAUUUAGCCAUAUAGCUUCGAAAUCUGGUCCAACAAAUCUGGAUUUUAAUCAGUUGAAGACGUCGAGACGUACUGAGUCUAUACUGCAGGUAAGACAUUAGCUGCUGAUAAUGUUCUUUUAGUAUCUCACGUCAAAAGUCCUGAACGAUCAUUUUCGUUUGAUUUGAUGUAAAAGCCUGGAAGGUUGUUGGUGAUGCAUGAAAGACAGGAAGAGAAGCCUACCAAUGAAAUCUUUGAAUAUGGACUUCCAUAUGAGGAACUUUACAUACUUCAGUCUCUGCACGUUGUAACUUUUUACAUAGUCUAAAGGCAAUACAAGUAACUGUGAUGGGAAGCACUGAAAGGUUUAGUUCCCCCGGAGGUGACACACACGCUAAUAACCUAUGUUUUGGUCUGUCUGCAAACAUGUUUGAUACCACAAAAUUUACUCUGAUUAGCAUAAUGCGAGUUGUAAAGUUUUAAUAAAAAGUAAAGGUCUUUUUUAUAUAUAUACUGAAA